AUGGCCGCCACGAUGACUACAUACGCGCCUAUCCUUGACGCCGCUCAGCACGAGGAGGUUGACUUCAUGACCAUGUUCACCAACCAAAACGACGACGUCGUCGCCAAAACUGAGGCGACCACGACCAAGCCGGCACUCACCCAGGGCCUGGCUGCGCCGGCUGGCCCGGCUCCGACCACUCUACCUGCCGCCGACCCCCUCCCGAUGUUCGACGCCCACGCACCACCCACUGCCGAUGCUUCAGCUUGGCAGCAGCAGCAGCACGCUCAGUUCCAGUACCCGCUGCACCCGAUGUCCAUGCCCGUGCCCCAUGGUGUCGCGUACCCGGCUCACAUGAUGUACCACCCUCAGCCACCACUGGGGCCUCCCUUUAUGCCCGGCCAGAUGGGCCUUAUGGCGCAGUAUGUCGAGCCUGCAGCCCUUCCUGGGGCGCAGCCGGCAUACUCGGCAUACCCCGCUCCACCAUCUGCCUUGCCCACGUCUGCGGACAUUGAGGCCAAGCCCAUGGUCACUACCCCACCUGCCACUGGCGCGUCGGCCGGGACUCCCCCUGCUUCCACUGCCGCAACUGCCAACGGCAGGUCGCCUUCGUCGGGCACCAACUCGCCAAACGGUCCUGCCCCUCCGGCCGCAGGGCGUCGCAAGCGCAAGCUCAUGCCCGAGGACAAGCGUCGCAUCUGUGAAAUUUACCGCAACUCGCAGGGCAAGAUUCGCCAGGAGGACAUUGCCAAGGAGUACUCUGUUGACCGGAGUACCAUUUCCAAGAUCCUCAACCAGGAGGAGCGCUGGCUGGACCCCGAGCAGUCUGGCAGUGCCGCUGGCCUCUCCCGCCGGCCUGGUGGCCGCUACCCCGCCAUCGAGGAGGACAUUCAUCGCUGGCUUGAUGAGGCUGUGCUCGCUGGCCGCGAGGUACGCGACUCUGAGGCGCGCGAAGAAGCCCUCAAGAUUGGUCUGCGCUUGGGCCACCCCCAUUUCCAGGCCUCGUCCAAGUGGUGGGACGGUGUCAAGCGCCGCCGCCUGGAGGAGGGUCGCGCUAUGCCCAUGCCUCGUCGCCCACCAACUGCGCCUCGCGCCCCCACCCAGCACAUGCCUGGUCUUGUCCGCACAUACACGAUGGACAUGCCGAGCCAGAGUUUCCCCAUGGCAGGUCCCAGUGCCUACCCCCUUAUCGCUCCUGGUGUCCUUGCGGCCACUGGUGGCCCUGCUAUUAUGCCUGGUAUGCCUCAGGCCAUGCGUGCGCGCUCGCAGUCGUCUCCGCAGGUGUUCAACUCGUAUGUCCCGGCCCAGCAGGCGCCGUCGUCUGGCCCUGCUCCUCGGCAGCGCAUGAGCCCACCACGUCACUCGCCGGUGACACCUCUGAGCCGCAACCGCUCUUAUCACGGCUCGUCUGCAGGCUCGUCGCCCAUUGGCCGCCCAUCACCACUCCACCGCGCCAACUCGUCCGGCGGGCGUCCCUCGCCCCACCUCAGACUCGGUGCCUCGGCAUUUGGCCUUACUCCAAUGUCUGAGCCCCAGAAUGUCCUGCAUACGCCCACGCAUACCAACGGCCUUGCUGAGAUGCAGCACGCUGGUACCACGACCCCAACGACGUCGGCGACCGCGUCCAUGCCAUCGCUCUCCCCACUGUCUAUGUCUGAGUCGUCAGACAUGGCAACUGUUCCCACGGUUCUUUCGCCCAGCACGCCGUGCACGCCAGCGCAGCCCACGUUUGCUGUCGUGCCUGGCCAACCUGAGCACAUGGACAUGGUCGGCGGCUGUGCACCCCAGUCCCUCAUCUACACACACCACCCGCAGCACAUGGUCGUGGGUGGAUACCCUGGGUCACGCUAUGCGCAACCCAUGUACCCGGGGUACGAGUACGUGCAGGGUCAGUGGUAG